CAGUUGUGUUGCUACUUUUACUGAAGGGAUCUGAGUACUUCUUCCACCACUGUAGGAGUUCCCAUUCUUUCUGCUCCAUGCCAGUCAGGUUAUUGUUGUUAUCUCUUUCCAUCUUAUACAGCCUCCCUAUUCCCUGUCAUUGCUGUCAUGCAUGAAGGCAUUAUUCAUAAAUCCAUAACUCCAGAGGGCCAAUUCUGUUCCUGUCUGUUCUGAUGACAUAUAAAAUACCCACAUGAAUAAAUGCAUGCAUGGACACAAUGGAUAUUAAUGCCUUUGUACGAAAAUAGGCUAAUUAAUGUUACAUACUGCUGCACCGCCUGGCCGAGCAGAGGUUUAUGGGCAGUGGUCAAAACAUAUUGAGUCCAUAUUUUGACCUGCAGCUGGGCCUUAACUUGCUUUAGGAAGACAUAAAUCCUUACCCUCUUUAUAUGCGCGCACCGCUUCACCAAAGUUACAUAAGUUCAUGGCCUACUUUCCCCAGCUUUGUUGCUCAUAUGGGGAAAGGGAGAGAGAGAAAGAGACAGAGAGAGUGAGAGACAGUUUCUCCUAACAGGCUGCUGCUUACUAUCCCAAUGCGCAAAUGCCAUGGGAUAGGUCUCCCCAAAUUGAGGCUGCGCUCGGAACGAUCAUGCGAUUGAAAGACGAGCGCGUCAUGUCUGUCUUCCUCCUCUUCUGCUCUGCGCGAUCAGUGGCUCUGUGUUCCGCAAUCCCCUGGGAUACUGUACCGCCCUCGAUGGCUCUGCUAUCUGCGCUUCCCUCGCACUGAAUGGCUGCCUGGAGCAAGGAAAAGCGAGGUGAGGGAGCGCUACGUCUCCUCCUUUGAACCAAAGCUCUACAUCAGCUUCCCAGCGAGGGGACCCUUUGGUGGUGUGCGUAGGCACACCAUGGCCCAGACCCUCCAGAUGGCGAUACCAAACUUUGGCAACAAUGUUUUAGAGUGUCUGAAUGAGCAGCGGCUGCAGGGCCUCUACUGUGAUGUCUCUGUGGUGGUCAAGGGCCAUGCCUUCAAGGCUCAUCGAGCUGUUCUGGCUGCUAGCAGUUCUUAUUUCCGGGACCUUUUCAGCAGCAGCAGUAAUGGUGGAGGUGGUAGCAGCAAUGAAACGACCCCUACCGUAGUGGAGCUCCCACCAGCUGUGCAACCCCAGAGCUUCCAGCAGAUUUUGGCUUUCUGCUACACAGGCCGCCUCAGCAUGACGGUGGGGGACCAGUUUCUCCUCAUGUAUACUGCAGGCUUCCUGCAGAUUCAACAGAUCAUGGAAAAAGGCACUGAAUUCUUUCUAAAGGUCUCCUCCCCCAGCUGUGACUCCCAGGGCCUUCAUGCAGAGGAGGCCCCACCUUCUGAGCCCCAGAGCCCUGUAAUGCAGACAAAUAACAGUGCAGUCCGGCCUGCCUCCUCCCUGACACCGCUCCCUCUGGUAUCGCGAGUGAAGACAGAGCAGCCAGCUAGCCAGCCGGAAGCAGCCGCUGCAGCCCGUUAUUCCCAGGAGGUGGUGCGAGGCAGUUCCAUACAGAGCUCGGGAGCCCUUGGAAUGGCCAUGGGUGCCACCGCAACCAGCCUGGCGGGCGUGGCGGCUAGUGGCGGGCUUAGUGGCAGCACUGGCAGUAAUGGGAGCUUUGCAGCGGGUCUUGGCAUGUCUGAAGGUGCCAGCCCCGGCACUCUGAGUACCUACACUAGUGACUCACCCAUUAGCUACCAUGAUGAUGAUGAAGAAGAAGAGGGGACAGAUGAAUGUGCUGAAGAGCAGUAUAGGCAAAUCUGCAACAUGUAUACCAUGUACAGCAUGCUCAACAUGGGCGCUACAGCUGCUGGCGAGCGUGUCGAGGCUCUACCGGACCAUACAGAGACACGUGGCCGGAUGCGAGGCAGAGAUCUUACGUGUCUACCCGCUGAACUCAUCGCUCAGAUAGGCAACCGCUGUCAUCCCAAACUGUAUGAGGAAGGAGACCCCGCUGAGAAACUAGAGUUAGUCUCAGGUACUUCUGUGUACAUAUCGCGAGCCCAGCUAAUGAACUGUCAUGUGAGCGCAGGGACCAGACACAAGGUGCUGCUGAGAAGGCUGCUGGCCGCCUUCUUUGACAGGAAUACUCUGGCCAACAGCUGUGGGACAGGCAUCCGCUCGUCCACCAAUGACCCGAGCCGCAAGCCCCUGGACAACAGAGUGCUGCAUGCGGUCAAAUUUUAUUGCCAGAAUUUUGCCACCAGCUUCAAAGAGAGUGAGAUGAAUGCCAUUGCAGCUGACAUGUGCACCAACGCCCGGCGUGUGGUUCGUAAGAGCUGGAUCCCCAAGCUGAAGCUUCUGAUGGCAGAGAGUGACGCCUACUCAGCUUUCCUUCCCGACGGUGUCAAGACGGAGGAUGACACCCUGGGGGUGGAUCAGGCAUUCAACCAUGCCUCUCUGGAGGCCACCAGCAGUGCUGGUAUGGAGUCAGGUGGCUCUUCAGGUGAAUCACUACCAGGUGUGGGUGGGGACGGAGGCCCAUUAUUUUGAACAUUUUGCCCAGGGAAGGUUAAAAUUUGGCGACACACUUACCGGUAUUCCCUAUUUCUGCUUGCCUCCUCACUCUUUGGCCCAUGCUGAUCUCACACAUCUGACUGUCUAUACUACACUGCUGGGGUCAACAGUUGUUACCCUAAUGUAACCAGGAUGUGAAAAGUAACAUUUUUUUGCUUAAGGACUGUAAAACGGAGUUAGUUGAGGAAAGGGGGCGGCUGUGGCUUAGGAGGUAGAGCGGGUUGGCGGUUGGAUUCCCGGCAACUCCAAUCCGCAUGUCAAACUGUCCUUGAUCAAGACACUGAACCCCAAGUGAUAUCACCGGUGUGUGAAUAUGUGAGUGCUUGUGUGUGCGAAUGGGUGAAUGGGAAAUAGUGUAAAGUGCUUUGAGUGCGCUUCAGUGCAUAGAAAGAAGCUAUAUAAGUAUAAGACCAUUUACCAAAGGGUGAGCAAGAGGGUGUUUAGUUUUCUUCUAACUGUCCUCUGCCUCCCCUUGUCUUUUUAAGGUGUGUAAGCGCAUCCACCGUUGCAUAUUAAAUACAUUCCCUAAUGUAUGGGUGGUGAGGAGAGCUGCCAGUGCAGCCUGGGGAGGAGGAGAAAGGGAUGGCUGUAUGGAUAGGCUAGGAGAAGCGGUGGCGAAUAUACUGAAUGUAAGUGUCAGUGGCAUUUUUCCCUAUGCAAGCCUGACAACUUGUAUUCCAGCCUUCUCAAAGUAGAUAAUUAAAAUGAAUUAACACUACCUGUUCUUCCUCCCCAUGCAUCUUCCACUCAUCACUCUGCGAGUAUUCUUCACCCUGCCUCACCUUUCUUGAGACCAGAGAAUCUGUGUUUCACUGUGCGGUGUCUCAUAGAAAUAUAUGGCAUCUUUCUCUGUUUUGUAACUUUAUAGUGAUUGUUUCUGUGAACUGAGAAGUGGUCCAGAGAGAGGGGAAAUGCUUUUUACUGAGACGAUUGUAAAGCAAACUGAAAGGCAAAACGUAAUCAAAGAUGGUCAUAUUUUUAGUAGACAAACUAUAUUUAUACAAGUGCCCAUGCCUAGAAUGGUGUGAGCGCAGCGAGUGAGAGCGAUUGUUUUAAAAUCUCUAUCUUCAUGUUUCAUUGAAAGAGGUCUUGUCAAAUAAGGAAAAGUGCUAUUUUUGCAGAAAAAAAGGAAUGUAAGCAGUCUUAUCAUAGGACCCUUAGUCACUUAUUUUUAUCUUUAUUUUACAGUGCAGAGCGAUGCAAUGAGCAGUUGAACUGCUCCAUUCGAAGCAUUUCAUCUUUUGUUCUCUACUUUAAAAGGAACAAUAAGACUGAUUCAGCUGGCUCGACUGUUUGCUGCGAUAACCCUUUCUUGUUAGAUUAUGGACCAUUUUCCUCCUGAAAUUAAACAUUGGUCCACAAUUUUGAGCAUUAUAUAAAAAUUAUAUUGAUGUGUUAACUCAGCUAGUUCUAUAUUUGUACUGUAAUUAUUGAAAAGAAAAAGAACUACUGACAUCUUUUUAGAAUGCAAAAGUCACAGUAAGUAAUGACGGAGUGUUGGAAUGUGCCUUUUAAUUUCAACCAAUAAAAGGCUGGUGGGUGCAGUGAUGUCAAGGAGGAGACAAUAUUACUUGAAGGAAAUAGGUUUUAUGGUCUUAUCCAUGUGUGAGUGAGACAGUUCUUUGGUAAAGGUGAGUCUGUAUUGCACAGCUGUCAUUUGGUAUGUAGUUUAUUCAUGUAUCUAAUGUCUCGCCUCUUUAUGGACAUCCAAAAUGGCUGAAAUUAUUUUGCACCUUCCAUGAAAGGUAGUGUGGAGGUUUCUGCACCUUAAUGAGAAGAACCAGUGGUUCAUGCACCUUUUGAGAAAUUGUGUAGCAGUUACCCCCUUUAGGUGUAAUUAGGUGCAAUUUGUUCAUGUCUGCCUGUGUUUCUUGUUUAGAAAGCAGCAUGAGCACCUACUGUAUUUAAUCAAGAAGACUGUUGAGUUAAAACCCAAGUGUUCUUCCUUUCUGUUUGAACUUUGUGAAUGCAUGUUGACCUGUAGUUAGCGCAGGGGUUCAUUAAUUCUGUUGCAGGAGGCUAUUUGUAAACGUCAGGGUCUGACUUAGUAAUGUGUUCUCAACCUGAAAUGCUCUCACAGAUGACUGAUUACUUUGUCCUUCUGGAAAGGCAUUUCCAAAAAGGUUCUGUUUCUCUGAAGACCGGUACAGUGUAAAACCAAGAAGAAAAUAAUGCAUCUUGUUCAAGACAGUUGAGUCAACUGUAUUGAAAAAAAGAGAUAUAGAUCAACCUAUUUUCAUUAUUGUUUUAUAAUAUUCGAAUGACUCUACUUAGGUGCUUUGAUCAGGAGAUAUAUAAAAUAUAUGGACAAAACAAAAAUGCAGUACCUUGUAAGUAUUCAGUAAGGGUAAUGACAACAAAACCUCAGUUUUGCAUUUGACUGUAGAUGCAACAUGAGCACCCAUGCCCCAUUUACCACCUCAGUACCUCUGAAUACUGUUGUGCUUCCUGUCCUUCACACAGCUGGUGUCAUGUUUCACUUCCACAAGUUUUUUUUUCAUGGGUUUUAGAAAGAGGCAAAGCAGUGGGUGUAGGUGGUGAAAUCUGAAUUAUAAUGGGUAUGUUUAAGUUGUUGCUGUCAGCUAUCUUUGCAUCAGAGCUCAAAGUCAACAAUUCAACACAUUUCUUUUAAUGAUGACAGUAUUUACAUUUGCCAUGUGUAUUAAAAUGACCAUAAUCCAUUUCAGAUUUAAUCAAGCUGAGAAUGUUCAACAUGAAGAUUUUCAUUGCCAAAACACUGUGUUCAGGUUUUUCAAAAUAAAUGCACUAUAAUAGCAGAUUCCUAGAUAGCUGCUUUGAAUACAGAGUCAAAGGACCAACAGCCUUGUGAUGACUUUCAACAUAAGGGCCUCUGGGGACAUCCAAGCUAGAAGUGCAAUAGAAAUAACAGUUCAAAUGUCUGAAUUUAAUUUCAUAAUUACAGGACUGUUAUUGAUUGGGUCCCUCGGAUAAAUAUCAGUGAAAGCAGUGUAUAAUUACUGUAUUAUUGCCCCUCUUAGAAAAGGCAGCGAGUCUCCUAUAGAAAAAAAAUUAGGCAGAUUUUUUUUUAAAGCUUUUAAUGUGAUGAAGAAGCAACAAGGGCUUUAAUUAGCUUUUCACAUUAACCUACUAAAUGACUGAACUCCAUUAUGAGUCACUGAGAGGUGAAAUAUCACCAGUGCAUCAGAGCUGUUUUUAAGGAAGCCAUGUUGGUCUAUUCAGAACAGCAGCCCAGCCCAAACACAGAAAUGUGCCCAGUGCACCACUGACAAAGUCAGAACAUCCUGCUGUUGUGCUCAUGAGCCUAGCUUUGAAAGGCCUGUGUUGCAUUCCGUUGAAUCAGCUCACUAGAAAUGACUCUGGUUACACUAUGUGUCAGGGGUUUUUCCUAGAGCUAGCUUUCAAGGCCAACUCUACUCAUUAUGGCUUAGUAAACAUUAAGUUCUCUGAUGUCCAAAAAGCUCCUCACUCACAACCCACUUGCACAGUACUUUGUCUGCAGUAGAUGUGCAAGUGUGGUUGUGUUUUACUUUAUGUGCAUUUAAGAACAGAAAGCUUUCAUGCUUUUUUUUUCUGUACAUUCUAAGCAAGGUGCGUAUAGUUUUAUACUUCGCAAAACAUGUAAACCUACACACUUGAAUGGAUAAGGUGUGGCACGGCAUGGGGAACCUUUUAUCACUUAACAGUACAUAUAUAAAUAUGAUUAUAUACUUGUAUAGAUAAAUACUGUAUAUUAUAUAUAGACACACAUAUAGAGAUCAGAUUGUUUGUUGUGCACUCACAGCAUGAGGUAUAUAAUUACCCAGAAACGGCGCUCCUUCACAACUUGUGUGUGCCCAUGUCCUCGCCCCUGUUGCUUGCCUCUCUAACUCUGUAGCACCAGACCUCCUGUACUGCUCAUCCUCUUCUUUCUGUGUUCCAAGUGCCAAUAACUUUGUGAAAGCCCUGUAACUGUGACCCAACAUUAUCAAAUAUAAUGGCACAUUAAUAACUGUAAAAUAAAUAUAAAUCAGAGAACAUGUCGAGAUGGAUA